GUGGCUGCCAAUCGCCGUGUGCGCUCCCGCUCUCUCCCCUCGGUGAGCGGGGCCGGCCCGGGACACGCGGGCUCUUCCUCCUUCUCCUCCUCUUCCUCCUCUGGGUGCUCUGCCGGAGCGCGGGUUGUCGCUGCCGUCCUGUGGAGCGCCCGUGGCUUUGAAGAGGGUUCCAGUCUUGUGACCCACAGUACUCAGUCUUCUGAAGAAAGUCCAGUCUACUGUGCUGUCACCUUCACCAAAGAACAUGGAGAAGUUGAUGUUCGAAAGGCCCUUUGUUCUGUCUAAGGAUGAAAUGCCUAUGGUUCCUUCCCAGGAGAAGCCAGAGACAAAUUCAUGCCCUCAUGCACCUGGCAAAAACUGUGUCUCUGGUGAGAGGAACAAUGGGAACUGCAAAGCUAAUGAGAAGGAAAGGGAGUGGAUCCGCCCUGAUACACCCAGCAAAUGUACAUGGAAGCUGGGGAAACCCCUCUCUGCCUCACCCCAUCGUCAUACUACUCUGCCAGAGCCUCUGAAAAUCCUGCCAAGCAUCCUGGAUAAAGUUGGCAAUACACCUUUGGUGCAAAUCAACAAGAUUGGGAAACAGUAUGGGCUCAAGUGUGAACUCUUGGCAAAAUGUGAGUUCUUCAAUGCUGGGGGCAGUGUGAAGGACCGUGUCAGCCUGAGGAUGGUAGAGGAUGCUGAGAAGGCUGGGAUCUUGAAGCCUGGGGACACGAUCAUAGAGCCAACCUCUGGAAACACAGGAAUCGGGUUGGCCUUGGCUGCAGCAGUGAAGGGUUACCGCUGUAUCAUUGUGAUGCCAGAGAAAAUGAGCAUGGAGAAGGUGGAUGUCUUGAGAGCUUUGGGUGCUGAGAUUGUGAGGACCCCAACUACUGCUAGAUUUGAUUCUCCCGAAUCUCACGUGGGUGUAGCAUGGAGACUGAAAAACGAAAUCCCCAAUGCGCACAUACUAGACCAGUACCGUAAUGCCAGCAACCCCCUGGCACACUAUGACACCACAGCUGAAGAGAUCCUGCAGCAGUGUGAAGGAAAAAUAGACAUGCUGGUGGCUACAGCUGGCACAGGAGGCACUAUUACUGGUAUCUCCAGAAAGCUAAAGGAGAAGUGUCCAGGUUGCAAAAUUAUAGGUGUUGAUCCUGAAGGCUCCAUCCUUGCUACACCAGAAGAACUGAACAAGACUGACAAGACAAUGUAUGAAGUGGAAGGAAUUGGAUAUGAUUUUGUCCCCACAGUGUUGGAUAGAUCUACAGUGGACCAGUGGUACAAGAGCAACGAUGAGGAGUCGUUUGCUUUAGCACGCAUGCUGAUCCGAGAGGAAGGACUGCUGUGUGGUGGCAGCUCAGGCAGUGCCAUGUCUGUAGCUGUGAAGGCAGCCAAAGAGCUGAAGGAAGGUCAGAAAUGUGUUGUUAUCCUCCCUGACUCUAUCAGGAACUAUAUGUCCAAGUUCUUGAGUGACAAAUGGAUGAUUCAGAAAGGGUUUAUGAAAGAAGAGGACCCUGGCAAAAAACCUUGGUGGUGGAACAUCAGUGUUCAGGAGCUAAGCCUCUCUGCUCCCCUUACUGUGCUUCCAACUGUUACCUGUGCAAAGACUAUUGAAAUUCUGCGGGAGAAGGGAUUCGACCAGGUACCAGUUGUUGAUGAAUCUGGGGUGAUUUUGGGCAUGGUUACUCUGGGUAACAUGCUUUCUUCACUGCUUGCUGGAAAAGUUCAGCCUUCUGAUGAAGUUAGCAAAGUAAUCUACAACCAAUUUAAACAGACAGAUAAUCAAGCAUCAGGUGGAAAUAUGAUUAACCUGAAAGACAGCUUGGGGAAACUCUCUCAUAUCCUGGAAAUUGACCACUUUGCUCUAGUGGUUCAUGAACAAAUUCAAUAUCACACUGACGGUUCCUCUAGCAAGCGGCAAAUGGUGUUCGGCAUCGUUACAGCCAUCGACCUGCUUAACUUUGUGACUGCACGAGAACGGGAAAGAAAGUCCACCUAAACACAAGCAGCAACAUGGAGCCUCUUCAAGAACAUUUUGCAAUCUCCAACAAAGAAUCAGGUUUAUUUCCAAGGUAGAAUGGUCUGUCCUUAGGGUGUUUCUUUUUUUUUAAAUUCUGAAAAUAAGCAGUCAGCUGUUCUGGUGUCAGCUACACAGCCAGUGCAUUUUGCUGUAUUACACAGCUUCUGGAGACUUGUAUCUUAAAUAAGUUACACAAUGUUUCUCACCAAGACAAUUUAUUUUUUUUACUUCUAUAUAUAUAUAUAUGUAAAAAUAAUGCCUAAAUUAAUUGGUAUGUUCCUUACUUGUUAUGUCUGAAGUCUGGCCUUCCAAUGCAUUGUUUCAGAUUCACAAAACGUGUUGAAAUAAAGAGUUACAGAAGCAAAG